GCGCGCUUCCGGUCGUCGUCGUCGCCGCUGCUGCCGCUGCUGCUGCUGCUGAGGCUGCUGGCGGAGGCCGGAGGAUCGGGCGGCGGCGGCGGCGGCGGCUGAGAGGGCGGCGGCGGGAGCGGAGCGGGACGAGGGAGCGAGAGGAAGCGAGCGAGGAGCGAGCGGAGCGCCCAGCCCCGCCCGCCCUUCCUCCCGCCUGAGGAGCCAGAGCAGCCCGGGCCCCCAGCUGCCGCGGCCGCCGCCGCCCGCCUGCCCGCCCGCCGGACAAAGCCGAGAACCCGCGCCCAGAGCCAUGUCCUCGUCCGCCGGCAGCGGCCACCAGCCCAGCCAGAGCCGCGCCAUCCCCACCCGCACCGUGCCCAUCAGCGACGCCGCGCAGCUACCUCAUGACUAUUGCACCACGCCCGGGGGGACGCUGUUCUCCACCACGCCGGGAGGAACCAGAAUCAUUUAUGAUAGAAAGUUUCUGUUGGAUCGUCGCAAUUCUCCCAUGGCUCAGACCCCACCCUGCCAUCUGCCCAAUAUCCCAGGAGUCACCAGCCCUGGCACCUUAAUCGAAGACUCCAAAGUAGAAGUGAACAAUUUGAACAACUUGAACAAUCAUGACAGGAAACAUGCAGUUGGGGAUGAUGCUCAGUUUGAGAUGGACAUCUGACUGUCCUGCCAGGAUCAGAAGAAAAACAGCAACACCGAUACUGCGUGUACCUGAUUUGCCAACAGGAUCAACAACGAAAAGACGGAAGAAGCAGCACCAGCAGUCCCCAUCGCAUCUCCGCCUCCUCCUUUUCCUCCCGGCGCCAAACGUGAAGAUGAGCUUCAUCUGACCAUUUCCUGUCCCCUUCCCAGUUAGGUAGCUUGAAAGCCCUUGUCAUAUUUCUGUAAAACCAAGCAGCCCACAGAAGAAAACAGUUAAGCUUCGGCUUCUCUGGUCUUUUCUAUAUGAGAAAUCUCCCCUCCCCUCAAACUGUCUUUCAAUCCCAAAUCAAAUAGCAACUGACCAGCUGUCUGGUUGGGCGGUCUGGGGAAGUGAGACAGAGAUUUGGUGGGUUCAGCUUUAUUUUUGUUCUUACUCUGUCUCCCCUUCCUGUCUCCCACCCAUGGAUCAGUGCUGCCAGAGUGAGUUUGGGUCUUCAAAACUAUGAGAGGGUAAACAUUUACCUUGAGAUCUUUGUCCUCUGGGACAGAGCACAGUUUGUGCAGCUCCAGUAGCAUUACCCUAUGACACUGUUUUGAGGUUUGCUUCCUCUGGGAAGAAUGUCUUCUGUCUUUGGUAUUACAUACAAUUCAUCUUCCCAUUCUUUUUCUUAGCACAUUUGUACGAAAUUUUUUAACUCUACAUUGGAAGGGAGUUCUCCCAUUCCUUCCACUUGCAUCUGGUUGCUUAAGGUCCUCUUGGAUGCUCUAUCCAGGUGAUUAAUCUGCUCCCACAGAAGGUCCAUUCCAGGUGGUGGAAGCGCUCUGGACAUGGCCUGAUCACAUAGUAUUCUGCCAGGUGGCACCCGAGAGAGACCGCAGUAAGCCCUUGGAGUGCCCGUUCUUCAGUAGUCAGUUUCCACCCCAAGGAGCAUUGUGAUAUUUGUUGUCUCGGAGUGCAGUGUGUUAUAUUUUAAGUUUAAAGUUGACUUUCAGAAUGUUCCUGGAAAAGAACUGAAUUUUUUCCCUUUGUGGACCUGCUUUGUUUGACUGCUGAAAUAGAUAAGCAUCGGUUUAAAAAUGUGUUCCUCCUAGUUUUUUUGCCUUACCUGUCAUAUUCUGAAUUUUCCCUUUCUUCCCUCCCGCUCUCUCCUUCCUUUUUCUCUUUCAGGCCAUUUUUCAAAUAGACAUCAGAAAUACCUCAAUUGUUGGUAUCUGAUAUCUGUCACUUAUAUGAGGAGUGACCUUUUAUUUUUAAGAUGACUACAACCUAUUUUUAGAUAUGUUUUCAGUACAACUUUGAACAGCAACUUUUUAAAUUACACACCUUCCAGUGUUAGGAAGGUGACAGGUGUCCGCCAGUGAUUCUGCUGUUCCGUGUCACCAUCCUUUGUCUCCCCCAGCCUUUUAUGAGCGCUUUCCUUCUUCCUCUAGCUUUGGGUGUGCAUGUUUGGUGUUUGUACUGUGUGGUUUAUAAAUCUGGACCAUUCUGCUUGGCUGUGGGUUGUUCAUGAAAGCCUCGUUCUUUUCCGUCACCCUUUGCUUUUCAUUCCCCUCCUCCCCACCCUGCUGUCCCGUGACUGUUGAUUGAAUGGCACAAUAAAUCCCAGAGAGUGACUCCCUUCAAGAAAGACUGAUGCCUCUGUCCCCUCACAGAAGACAAGUAAAGUAGCACUGGCGUCCCGGGAAUUUGAUUGGAUUUGGUGUCCUGAACCCCUUUUGGAGAUCAGUUCCCGGUGAGCGUAAUGGGCCAAUUGACUCAGAAAGAAAACUGUUUUUCUUUCAACUAUGAAAAGACCCUGUUUGUAGAUACGUUUUAGAGGAGAGGAAGGAUGUGUGAGGAACUUUGUUAUGUCUUUUUUGCAACAAAAUGUGAAUAGUUCAGAGUGAAACCUUUUGUGACGGUUGAUGUCUCUCAGGAAUACGCUGCAUCACCAACUUGGUGAUACCUUCAGUCUCAAAUUGAUGAUCAGGAUGGUAUUUUUUUGUUUGUUUGUCUAAUGUAUCCCUGUUCUGGUUUUAAUUAAACUUCAAGUUUCAUUUUACAUACUCUUGGAAAACUUAAGUUGCACUGUAAUUUAUAUUUGAGGUUUGUCAGGCCCUCUUUGCCCACUGGCGAGCUUGAAUCUUUGGAAAUGGAGCAUUUUCUUCUUCAUACCCUGACCCUGACAUCCUCUGGAACCUGAGCCCAACUAUAGGUAGUAGGCCUGUCUGCCAGCCCAAGAGCAUCCUGUCCCCUCUUGAUCUUUAAUGCUGCACAUGAAAACAUGGCUUUCUCACUGAACAAUGGGGAGUGAACUUAAAACAUGGCAACUUGAGUGGUUUCAAGAUUCCAUUUCCCCCCUUUGUCAUCUUGGGGAAUCUGCAUGCCACCCCAAUCAAAGGCCAUCUUUUAGUACAUCUUAGUGUCCACUGUUUCCUACAAUGACUGCCUGAUCUCACAGCCUUUUCUGCAAGGACUUCUCUGAGCAAGCCUCACUGCUUUGUGCACUUCUUUCCUGGAAGCCACUGCUACCUUAACCUCCCCUAAUCAGCAUUAAAUAACUGCAAGGCAGCAGGUCAGCUUCCAGCACAUGACACCUUUGUGCUGUGCUUCACAGAAAGUUUUUUGGGUUAGCCAGCAUUGGUAGUUGGUUUGCUUCUGGGUAUUUGGAAGGCUCACAGAUGCUCUAAAUAAAUGUUAAUCCUAGUUUUUUCCUUGGGAAGGAAAUACCCUUAGGGUACCAUUUAAGUGAGAUGACUUUUAAGAUCUUGACAUUCAUUUCUACUUUGCUUUGGAUGAGGAAACCAUGGCUUCCCUGAGCUGAGUGAUCCCAGUGAGAGGCAAGAAGGAAUACCUGUGCAGUGCCUUUUAUCAGCCUCAGAAAGCACUGACCUUCAUUCACUUUUACUUUUUCUUAGAAGCAAACCAUGAAGCCCAGCAUAUGUCCAAGAAGGGCAUUACAUCCUACCCGCUGAGUGAGCGGUAUCAAGGAAUUCGUGGCUAUGUCUACCACACCAUAGAGAGGAGGAAACCAGGUUGACAGUGAUAGGUCUGAACCAGAUGAUAGACUUCCAGAGAUAAGUUGCUAUCAAAAACAGGUCUCCAAGUCAUGCCUGACCAAACUGACAGAAUGCAGACUUUCUCUUUUCCCAGAGUUUGCUGGUUUGGAAAAGUGUUGAGAAACGGCAAUUUCCAGAGAAAUAUGAUAUCCGCAUACCUCCUGACUACCAGCAGCCCAAAGAUGUUUCUCUGCAAUCUUGGUGUCUCUAAGCCUUGAUUACAUUGCCACUUAUUUGCUAUCUUCCUUAGCCAGAAUUAACAAAGAAAGGAAAUUGGGUCCUUUUUAGCAGAACCACUAAAACUGACUUACUGGAGUCAGAGUUGUCAAGCAAAGGGAGCAAAUGUGAAUUAGAUGUUAGGUUUUUGGAGUGAAGAAAAGUUGUAACAGCUAAAAUUCCAGGUACAAUAGAUGAUAACACCAGGAAGCCAGGCCCCCAGCAGAGCUGGUGCUUGGUGUGCUCUGUGACACCAGCCGAGAGACGGGGGCUCACCCAAGAAGCCACUUCUUGAUCUCUGAUUGUCCCUUGAAACCUAGCGUGCCAGUUGCCUGCAUACCCAUCUCAGGCCUCCUGCUGGAAUUUUUUCUUGAAGAGAACCAAUCCUGUCGUUGCCUUGGAGCAAAACAUAGAUGAGGCUCGUAAGUGCAGCACAUGCUUAGAGAAUGUCUGCUUUGUGUUCCUGGCACACACAUCUCACCAAGCUCUUAAAUUUCGGACACCUUAAGGAUACAUGUCCUUGUUCAGUCGUGCUCUGCCUGUCUAGCGCCUUCUCGCGUGCAGCCCUGCUUGUUUGGGAGAACACUGGACUAAGCAGCAAUGCUGCUGGGCAGCUGUAAGAGGCCCUUCCAGAAGUCAAAACUUAUCUUUAAAACACCUUCAAAUUUUGUUGUUCCUUCUAAUUCUGGGUAGAAUAAAAAUAAAUGGUCUUGUUACUCUUUGCUGUUUGGGUUACUAGUUCUUUGGAAGACAUUACCUUCCUACUUCAAAUGUUUCCACUAGGUGCCACCUACUAAGCGUGUGGGUGUCAUUCCCAGAGCCCAUCAAGUGGCAACUGAGUGCCUGCUUGGAUUCAAGGCGGCUGGUGUAAGGGGCUCAUUUUCUUGGCAGCAAUGUCCCAAAGACCAAAUCUUUCUCCCCAUCUUUGAUAUUUGAUGGGGAUUUGAGUUUCUUGACUGAAGCCAUGCCUUUUGUCUAUGCCCUUUAGAGAGGAGGCCCCAUUACUUCUGUCUGGCCCAGAACUUUUCCUUGGCUUCUGUUUGGACAGUAUGUGUACAGUAGUUAUUUACUGAUAUGCGAAACCCAGUCGCCCUCCCGUGACCUUUGGGAGAGGGUAGUACAUGCUAAAGAAGCAGUGUUUCUUGGGAGGGCUGUUUCUGUCUAGACUUUGAGGGGGUGUAGAGACUCUGCCUCCCCCAAUAAAAGAUGAAAUCAGACCUUGAGGUAUUUAGGCCCCAAUUCUUUGGAAUGCUUAUCCCUGGUGAGCAUUUGCUGUUCUAAUGGUAACUUUCCAGCUUGGCGUAGGAGUUUCCCUUAGGCUAGCUCACAAAUUUCUUAUUGGAGGAUGAUUACUGAUACAUACUCACGAUGCAAACAUCCAUUAUCACCUUUUUUACCCUCUGGAAUUUAAAUUUCAAUCUCUGGGCUGGUCCUGGAAGUUCAUACCUUUUGGCAAAGCUUAGAUUUAGAGUCUUUUGAGUCCCUGGUCUGUGGUUUCUCUGCUUAACCUCUGGCUGCAGCCUGGCCAAACAUACUGUAUGGUGGGUGCCCAAUGGAAAACUCCCAAGAUGAAACACAUUUCCCAGGGUAUUUAAACUCGCUCUGCCACCUGUCUGAGUGGGAGGCUGGUAGAUAUGCUGCAAUGCUUGAUAAUCAUUUGGCCACUGAAAUUUCCAAAGGGAGCUCUUGCCAGUGCUUAAAACCAAAAUUCCUGGAUACUUCAAACUUAGAGAAUCCGUGAUUCUAGCACAGACUAUCCAUUCUUGCUCCAGUGUAUCCCCUUCCUCUCCAUCUUAAUCUU